AUGCCUCUUAUGAUACUAAUUGGUGCACAGGCCACACCUUCUACACGGAGACUAAUUGCUGCACAGGCCACGCCUCUUAUGACACUAAUUGGUGCACAGGCCACACCUUCUACACUGAGACUAAUUGGUGCACAGGCCACACCUCCUAUGAUACUAAUUGGUGCACAGGCCACACCUUCUACACGGAGACUAAUUGCUGCACAGGCCAUGCCUCUUAUGACACUAAUUGGUGCACAGGCCACACCUCCUAUGAUACUAAUUGGUGCACAGGCCACACCUUCUACACGGAGACUAAUUGGUGCACAGGCCAUGCCUCUUAUGACACUAAUUGGUGCACAGGCCACACCUUCUACACGGAGACUAAUUGCUGCACAGGCCACGCCUCUUAUGACACUAAUUGGUGCACAGGCCACACCUUCUACACUGAGACUAAUUGGUGCACAGGCCACACCUCCUAUGAUACUAAUUGGUGCACAGGCCACACCUUCUACACGGAGACUAAUUGCUGCACAGGCCAUGCCUCUUAUGACACUAAUUGGUGCACAGGCCACACCUCCUAUGAUACUAAUUGGUGCACAGGCCACACCUUCUACACGGAGACUAAUUGGUGCACAGGCCAUGCCUCUUAUGACACUAAUUGGUGCACAGGCCACACCUUCUACACGGAGACUAAUUGCUGCACAGGCCACGCCUCUUAUGACACUAAUUGGUGCACAGGCCACACCUUCUACACGGAGACUAAUUGCUGCACAGGCCACGCCUCUUAUGACACUAAUUGGUGCACAGGCCACACCUUCUACACUGAGACUAAUUGGUGCACAGGCCAUGCCUCUUAUGACACUAAUUGGUGCACAGGCCACACCUUCUACACGGAGACUAAUUGCUGCACAGGCCACGCCUCUUAUGACACUAAUUGGUGCACAGGCCACACCUUCUACACUGAGACUAAUUGGUGCACAGGCCACACCUCCUAUGAUACUAAUUGGUGCACAGGCCACACCUUCUACACGGAGACUAAUUGCUGCACAGGCCAUGCCUCUUAUGACACUAAUUGGUGCACAGGCCACACCUCCUAUGAUACUAACUGGUGCACAGGCCACACCUUCUACACGGAGACUAAUUGGUGCACAGGCCAUGCCUCUUAUGACACUAAUUGGUGCACAGGCCACACCUUCUACACGGAGACUAAUUGCUGCACAGGCCACGCCUCUUAUGACACUAAUUGGUGCACAGGCCACACCUUCUACACGGAGACUAAUUGCUGCACAGGCCACGCCUCUUAUGACACUAAUUGGUGCACAGGCCACACCUUCUACACUGAGACUAAUUGGUGCACAGGCCAUGCCUCUUAUGACACUAAUUGGUGCACAGGCCACACCUUCUACACGGAGACUAAUUGGUGCACAGGCCACGCCUCUUAUGACACUAAUUGGUGCACAGGCCACACCUUCUACACUGAGACUAAUUGGUGCACAGGCCACGCCUCUUAUGACACUUAUUGGUGCACAGGCCACACCUUCUACACUGAGACUAAUUGGUGCACAGGCCAUGCCUCUUAUGACACUUAUUGGUGCACAGGCCACACCUUCUACACUGAGACUAAUUGGUGCACAGGCCACGCCUCUUAUGACACUUAUUGGUGCACAGGCCACACCUUCUACAUUGAGACUAAUUGGUGCACAGGUCACACCUCCUCACUGA